AAAUAAUAGGAGCUACAACAGUGGAGACUCUUUACAUGAUUAGUCAGUGUCUAAUAUAAUUGGAAUUACAAUUUGAAAAUUCCUCACCACGUGAAUCUUAAAUUCCCAAACAAAAUGUGGAGCAAAAUAAAGCACAUGUAGAGAAGCCUUUUACUGAUGAGUAAAUAAGAAGCACAAUAUGAUUGAAAUCAAUUAUUCUACCUUUAAAGGACUCUUUUUAGCAAUGACGGCUGCUGUUUUCUUUUCUGGUGAUGCAGCUGCCAUGAAGAUGAUAACUAGUUUGCAUCCAGCUCAAGUGUCACUGUACAGAUUCUUCGCUUUAUUUGUGAUGAGCAUGCCAGAAACUGUAAAAUCUAAAGAGUAUCCAUUUGGACCAAAAGAUGACCGCAUACAUCUUAUUAUUCGAGGUGUCUUUGGUGGAAUUAGCCUAUUUCUCUCUUACACAGCCUACCGUAGUCUACCUCUUGGCGAAGCCUCUGUUAUUAUGUAUUGUACUCCCAUAACUGUGACGGUAGCAGCUUGGAUAUUUCUCAAGGAACCAUGCAGUAUCAUCCAAUCUAUUCUUGUGAUUGUAACUGUCGUAGGCGUCGCAUUUACUACAAAACUGCCAUCACAAAUUAUGGGAAAUACCGUUACCUAUACGAAGGAGAAUAUUUAUGGUUUUUUAUCAGCCAUGACAGCGUGCCUUUGCAGAACGAUUCAAUCGAUCUGCAUUAGGAAAUCAAAGAAUGUCCAUCACGCUAUUGUCAUGUUCAACUUUGGUUGGAUGACUGUCAUAGAAGGCUUAAUUCUGAUGGCAGUAUUUGCAGAUUAUAAACUUCAGGAAUGUGGUACAGAAUGGAUUUACAUUUUGUUGAUUGGAUUUUUCAGUUAUUGUGGUCAAAAUCUUCUAACGUUAGCACUGAAAUGUGAAUGUGCAGGACCCGUUUCAACUGUGAUGUCUGCAACGGCUAUUACUAUUUCCUUUUUGUUGCAAGUUUUUCUCUUUCAUGAAAGUACCGAUAUCUCUGCCAUUAUAGGUGCUGUUUUAGUAGGAUUAUGCAUAGUAGGAGCUGGCUUGAUUAAAUUUAUGUCGACUCUACCUGAGAACUUACCACAAUGCAAAUUAUUGAAGUACGUAGAAUUUGACUCAAUAACUAAACAGAAGCCUUAAAAGUCUUUAGAUCAUUUUUAAUAUUAAUUUUAAAAUGUAAAUAGUGUGAAAUUAUAAAUUGUUUUCAUUAACUGACAAGCAGACAUACACAAGUUUAACAUAUAUUUCUAUUUCUAAAUUGUAUUUUUAUGGAUGAUGAAAGAUCUGAAUUUUAAUUUUCAAAUUUUGAUUUGAUUUAAUACUAAAUUAUUUUCUAGCGGUUAUAUUUUCAAAAGACUGUUUAUUUAAAUGUAUCUCUACUUGUAAUAAAGGAGAAUUUCGUCUAGGUUUGUAUGUAAGUGAGCAUUGGCGCUUCAUAAACCAGAUCGUUUAAUGCAGAGAUACGAAUUUAAUGCAAACAUAUUUAGGAGGGUGAAAUAGUACAUUUAGGAAUAUUUUUUUGAAAUUUUAAUUACAAUUUAAUUAAUUAAAAACUCAGCUAUAUUGUGGAAUUUAUCCACAUCAGAUUACAUGAAAAAUUAUUGUUGCGUCAUUUUAAAAUUCAAAAAAAAAAUUAAUGAUACAAAUUUAAUUUCCUUGGUGUUUCGGCAAUUUUUUCCUAAAAUAUAUUUUUACUUAAUUCUCCACAAUGAAAAAAUAAACAAAUUAAAUGAAAAUAAAGUUGUUUUCCUUAUUUUAAGAAAUAUUUAUUGGAAUGAUUUUCUUUCAUUGCUGGAAGCUAAGGAAAAAAGAUUCUGUACCGUUUCCAUGAGGAUUCAGAAAGUGAAGAAUCAUUACUGGGGAAAGCAGUUACCACUUUGGAGAUGGUUCACUCAGUUCUGUUGAAAUUUUAAUGGUAAGGCAUCAUGGCUUUAAUCCCUUUCACAAUUUGAUGAGUAAAACUACUUUUUGAGGAAACCCUGAACAUCAAAGUAUGCAAAAGAGAUUUAAUUAAAAUUAGAAACAAUUGAUAUCACCAGCAGGUCGGCUAGUCACCAAGAGUGGUUUGUACAAAAAUUAAAACCGUCUGAAGAAUUUUACAACUGAUUUAAAUUUCUUAGUGUAUCUCUAAUAAGUUUUGAAUGAGUGUAUGUCUAUUCAUUUCUUCUCACUCUUCAAUCAACCAUCCCCUUAUAAUACAGGCUGUUCUUCUGGUCAAUGAAUAAAAGUUUAUUUUAAUCUA